AGAUGAAUGAAUCUCUAAUAAAUUCUAAGGGCGAAGUUGAGAAUGUUAAGGUUUCUGUUCGUUGUCGUCCACUCAGCAAACGGGAAAAAGAAAUUGGUUUCGUUCAAUCAAUAGUUGAGGUUGAUUACACAGGAAAGUCAAUUCUUGUUUCGAGUUCAAAUGGUCAAAGCGAUUUACUUAAAUGUUAUCAGUUUGAUGAAGUAUUUGGACCGGAUUCUUGCCAAUCUGAUGUUUACAAUUGUAUAGCUCGUCCAGUGGUUGAAAAUGUACUUGAGGGCUUUAAUGGAACAGUUUUUGCAUAUGGCCAGACUGGAACGGGGAAGACAUACACAAUGUCUGGUGAUCCAAAUAUAGGAGAACAAGGGAUUAUUCAAUAUUCCUUUGCACACAUUUUUAAUCAUAUUGCCGAAAGUGGGCAUGAAAAGAGAUUUCUUGUCAGAAUUUCCUACAUGGAAAUAUACAACGAAGAAUUGCGUGAUUUGCUUGUUCGUACAGUCCCCGGAGCAGUACAUUCAUAUUUAGAGAUAAAGGAGCGUGCGGAUGUCGGUGUUUAUGUAAAGGAUUUAUUGAGUGUCACAGUUUCAAGUGCUGACCAAUGCAUGCGAAUUAUGCAGUUAGGCAACGCAAAUAGACAUACUGGAAAAACAAGUAUGAAUGAGCAAUCGAGUCGCUCACAUGCAAUUUUUACAAUAACAAUUGAGUGUUCAGAAAUAAUUGCUGAUGGAAAGCAAUUACUCACACAAGGGAAACUUAGCUUUGUAGAUUUGGCAGGAAGUGAAAGACAAUCAAAAACUAAUGUUGUUGGAGAGCAAAUGAAAGAAGCAACAAAGAUUAACUUAUCUUUGUCAACACUUGGAAAUGUAAUUAGUGCUUUAGCUGAUGCAAAAAGCACCCACAUACCAUACCGAAAUUCAAAACUUACAAGGAUUUUGCAAGAUUCUCUUGGUGGUAAUUCAAAGACAUGCAUGAUUGCAAAUAUUGGGCCUGCAGCGUACAAUUAUGCAGAAACAAUAAGCACAUUGCGAUAUGCGAGUCGAGCAAAGCGUAUACAAAAUAUGGCGCGAAUUAACGAAGAUCCAAAAGAUGCUUUGCUCAGGCGAUUCCAAAAUGAGAUUCAACUUUUGAAGAAAAGAUUAGAAGAAGCCGGUAAAUUUUUAAAUAACACUUAUUGUCGGUUAUUUUUAAGAGCCAGGUUCAAAUGCAGAAAGUGA